AUGUAUCUUCCUAUACCCAGACGAACGGCGCAACGUGCUGAUGGCAGCGCUCAGCUGUCGCAAGCGACUCGCCACCUCCAUACGCUAGUGCGGCGGGAUGGAAUGGGCGGUGGUGUUAUAGGCGCUAUCAUCAUAGGCGUCGUCGUUGCAAUCAUUGUGGUUGUUGUCCUCGUACUUUUCAUCAGGCGGAGAAGAAAGUUCAAAAAGGCCAAAUACGAACGUGCUCAGGGACACGAUACGAGCGAAGUAGCCAACUCCCGAGGCAUCAACGCCACGGCUACAUCGAGGACUGGACGAGCUGGACGAUCUAAUGGCCCUCCUCCCGCAUCGUCAAAUCGCAACAAUGCAGCUGCAAGUGGCAACGUCGACCGCAACACGUCGGUUCGCUCGGUCAUGACUCUGCCCGCUUACCGCCAAGAUGCUGCACAAGGCGAACAGGUCAUAGGACGAGAAGGCGAGAGAGAUGGCAUCGAUGUCAUUGUCGACUUACCCACCGAAGAAGAGGUGGAAGCUUUGCGCGACGAAGAGAUGGAGUCCAUGUACCAGAUCCGGCUUGCGCGGCGGCAACUGAUUGACGAACAACAACAACGGAGAGUUGAGCGACAAGAAGCCCGGACACGAGGCGACGUCGCAGCGCUGGCGGACAUCCGCUCUCGUACACGGGCUGCGAACAACAGCACCGUUAUCGACGACCUGCGCCGCGAAAUGGAACGAGCCAAGGAGAAUCGGAAUCUCUCCGUGUCAAGCGUAUCUUAUGCAGACGUUGGGCUGGCCCGCCAUGACGGUACAAGAAUCCGUGCUAAUAGCACCGAAAGCGAGCGCGUUGGCCUUCUUUCAGAUGCCGGGAAUAUCGCCGUGUCUGAUAAUCGAUUAUCCCAACAGCACAGCCGCGUGAUGAGCGAGAGCUCCGUCAUCAGCAUGGAUAGCAACUUUCCCUCACCGGCCCUGACCCGGUCUGCCGAAGCCCCAAGCGAAGCCCGGGCAGGGUCGAGCCCCGAGCUUGUGGAGGCGGAUUUGGGCGACGAAGCCAUGCCGCCUCCGGGCUAUGAAGAUGUUUCUCUCGUGGACGACGACGAUUUCCAAGAUCGAUCAAUCCUGCCAACGACUGAACCACCACCAGAUUAUCCAGGACACCAUCGAUCAGAGUCGCAAAGGAGCCGGCGGAACGAGACAUCGCCGUCUCUUGAGUCGGCCUCGAGCCAGAAUAGUUCGACAGAGCGCGACGAGCGACGCAUUAGCCGCGGCCUUGGCGGUAUACCUCAACUGCCCAGCCUGCGAAUUAGAGACCUCCCUCCGAUCACGGUUGAACCGCCAAGUGCACGCCCACCAGAACGUGAAGGCGCCGAAGAGGCCGAGCUGAGCCCAUUGUAA